UGAGCCCACGAGUGGUGAUUCUCCAUAAAAGUAUGUUUUCUUUAUCAAAGUCGGAAUUCUUCUCAAUUCCUUCAUCACGAGGAAAAGAACUUUUUGGUUACACCUUCUUCACGUCAUGAGUAGUCUAGCUAUAAGCUCUCUCCGUCUCUCUCAAAAGGAAAGUACUUAGGGUGCCACAUUUACUAUAACAUCUUGGAGCAGAUUUCAUGGUCUUAAUCAGUUGUUAGGCAGAACGGGCUUGUUUUGGUUGGAGGAGGGACUUUUGAAAACACAUUUUUGCUAUUAUUUCAUAUAGGCAAGUGAUGGCGCCAUGAAUGUUUAAUAUGCCUUACAAUUGUAGCAAGCACUACCACCUGCGGUGGAUCGACAUGCACUGCCGACGGCCCAUUGGUUCGAUUCCCUUUCCUGCUUAGAGACCACCAAGCCUCAAGUUGUGGGUACCCAGGGUUUAAUCUCUCGUGCAACAACAAAAACCAAACCAUUCUCACUCUGCCAUCCUCUUCCGGGGACUUCAUCGUCCAAAGCAUCGGCUAUAUGGACCAAACCCUAACGAUCAAUGACCCCGAUAACUGCCUCCUAAGAAGGUUCCUCCACCAUGACAUCAAUCUUAAAAAUUCACCCUUUUCAUACGCAAACGCCCCUGAAAACUACACGUUCGUUGGCUGCUCGUCCAAAAAAGCAUUUUGGCCAUGGAAUUCAGCACCCGUAAUCCCUUGCCUCACCAAGUACCACUACAAGGUCAUAUACGUUGUACAAACCAGUUCGCUUUUGCAGCCGGAUCCGAUACUUUUUCGGCCGGUUCCGAAACUUUUGCCGGCUGGUUGCUCUAAAAUUUCGACAGCUUUGGUUCCAUUUUUAUUUAAUUCGGAGUAUCUUAACUUUGGUGCUCAGUUGACUUGGUACGUGCCUAAUUGUGAUUCUUGUAAAGCUAGAGGUCGUGUUUGUGGGUGGGAAAAUGGUACUACAACUUCUUCCGGCUUUUCAAGUCUGCCAAGAGCUGCAAGGUAUGGCAUAGUGAUAGGCGUGGGAAUUCCAGGGCUACUGUGCAUCAUAGGGCUUGCAGUUUAUGUUUGUAACAAGACAAGGGUUCCUGGUCAGGUUCACCAGCCCACCAUCACACAAGUGUUAUCCAUACCCGAUCGACAACCUUCGACAGUCAGAAUUGGCCUUGAUGAUCCGACCAUCGAAUCAUAUCCCGAGAUUCAACUUGGUGAGAGCUGGGAAUUGCCAAAACUCAAUGACAGCACUUGCCCAAUAUGUUUGUCUGAGUACCAGCCCAAAGAAACACUAAGGACCAUACCAGAAUGCAGCCAUUAUUUCCAUGCUAAUUGCAUAGAUGAGUGGCUUAGAAUGAAUGCAACUUGCCCAGUUUGUAGAAACCCACAAAAGAGAUAACAAUAUGUUUAUGUAGUACUGGUUAUUCAUAUAUAAUUGUUCCCUA